GGUCCUGUCGUUCGAUCAGCUGUCAUCACAUCUUGAGGAGGAAAAUUCGAAGUUGCAAAAUCCAAGAAGUUGUCCGUCAGUCAAUAAAAUUGUCGAUGAGCUAACAGCGAGAGUUUUUCCACGUCGGGUCAUAAUCGGAGUUUGUGUGCAAAUUGCCAGUGGAUCAAAUAAGAAACGAAACGAACAACUCCUGGUCUGGUGCCACAGUGGAUUAGCGGAGCAGAAGAAGAAGAAGCACACCCCAAAAUGUAAAUGACAUCAAACACGCGUGAACAACGACGGAAGAGCCAUUGACACAGUAUUUGCGAUUGUAUUCGCUGCCACACCGGUGUUGAUGAUUUCAUGCUGCAGACUUGCGAGUCAAAACAAAGCAAGGUGUGAACUCAUGCUUGCAUCCCAUCGAACAGCAGCAGCAGCGGGUCAUUAAUUGUCACCAACCUUGCGGUACGGAUGUUGUCCCCAACGCUUUGAAUCGUCGUGUGCAUGACUCCGGAGAAUGGCCGAGGCAAUCAUCGCUGAUUGGAUUUCGGACUACAACUCGCUGCAGGAAUCCGAGCGGCGAACGUUCGCCACCCAGCAUGAGAACGAUUACGAAAUAUCCAAAGCGCUGUAUACCAUACUGAACGAACGUGCCAAGUAUAAGGAUCUCAUCCAUCCGGUGUGUAAUCAGCUGUGUAGUUUCUAUCGAUCCAGUGAGAUUGAGCUGAGGAGGUUUACGCUGCAGUUUGUGCCGAUUCUGAUAUAUCUGUAUUUGAACUCGGUGGCGUUGGGCGAUAAGAAAAGCUGUCGGUCGAUCGAAACGCUGUUGAUUUGCAUUUACAACAUCGAGGUCAGCGCGGAUGAUGGCAGCCCGAAGGUGGUUUCGUUCCGGAUGCCAGUGCUUGCGCAGGCAUCAAUAUAUCACGAGGAGAAAAGCCUUCACCCGAGUGAUUUGCGUCGAUGGGAGGAAAACAGCAAUAAGGAAAUCAGUUGGGGUCCGCUUCCGUCGAUAGAAUCUAUCAAUGCACAGAAUCGCUUGAAGGUGAUGACGGCACUGCUGUUUACCUACAAUCAGCAGCUUAAUCAAAUUCAUAAACCCGCCCUGUAUCAUCUCUGCAAGACCACCUCGCUGUUGGUGAAUCAAGGUUUCUCGAAAGUGGGCCAUGUGAAUCGGCCAUCUUAUGGGAACGAUCCGACAUCGCCACAACCAGCAAGCUCAAUAAGCUCACCCUCGCAGCUGCAGAACUCAUCGACGCUUUCCAGCGCUAGUAAACCGUUACCCCGGAUCGCAGUCAGUACGCAGUUUCUGGUCGAACUGGCCCACGCUAAUUACUUUGCCAUGUUCAACGAAUUCGCUUCCGCUGCAAUCGAAGCCGUGAACGACCUACACAAUCGAGCCUGCUACGAAAUGCUUCCGGAGGUGAUCCUGGUCACAAACGCAAUACGGAAUUCGUUACAUGCCAAUCCUUCCGGUCAACCUAGUGACGGUCCGAUGGGCAUCAGUGUGGCUUUGACACCGGCAACGACCACAGUGACUGUUUCGAAAUCCAUGAUUACCAACGCAUCCUUUCGAACGAAGAAGUUACCAGACGAUCUGGAAGUAGAGUUUGUCAAUAGUCUUCAGUCGACGCAGCAGGAGAUGAUGGUCAAGUUGGCGAUAAUCGAAGCGGACGGAGCGGGAGUGGGAGCCAACAAUGGACCUGGUGAAACCGGCAACGGGACCAACGGCAACAACGGAGAUGAAUCCGGCGGCAGUCCAAAGGCCGAACCCAAGAAGAAAGAAUCUCGCAAGUGGAAGAACUGGGGCUGGAAAAACAACAACGCCAGCACUACACCGAAACAGACCAGCAUCGAGGAGGAAGGGGAAUCCCCGAAAAAAUCGGCAUCCUCGAAGCAUUCAAGUCCAGCGGAGUCUCCCAAGCACAAGCUUUUGGGCGCGAAAGCAACGGACGAGGAGAAUGGAAACAACAUUUCGCCGGCGUCGCUCCGGCGAAAGAAGUUCCUCUCGAGUAAGAAUCAAUCCCCGGUGAAUCGAUCCGAGGCGAGAGCUAGCGCAGGAGCACGAUUGUACGAAGAGUUGGAGAGUCUCAACGACUCGGAUGAUGAGCUUCAAGCGUUGAUAAUAAACGGGCGACCAGCUACAAUCCAUCUGAUACAGCCUUCUACCAUCCCUGAUGACAUCCCCAUUCAAGGUCCGAAAGAGGAGAACGGCCAGCUAAGCAGCAUCAACGAGGAGGGCGAAGGCGUUGGUGAUGGGCCCAAGGCGACAUCCGGCACGGGCGCAGGCCCUGGCGGCGGCGGUGGCAGCGGCGGUGGUAAGAUGAAAGACUCCAAAACUCACAAGGUACUCGGUGGGUUUAAGAAGUUGAUAGAUAAGGACAAGGAGAAGGAGAAGGAAAAGGAUGACGGUGCCAAACAGACAGGGGUGCUGGUGGGGGCGGCUGCGAAAAAGGCGUCGGCCGUUAAGGAAAAGCUGGCGGGUAAACAGUCACUCCAGAUGCAAACCGGAAGCGCGGAACUGUUUGAGGUGGAGAAAACCAGCCCGCUGCUGAUGGCGAAGCGCAAAAGUAGUAGUAUUGAUAUUAUUAGCAUGCCGGCGGGUAUGGAGCUGAUCACCUCGAAGCAAUCGGUCGCGCUUACCAAUGGGGGCGUUUUGCUCGGCAGCGGUGGUGGAGGUGGGGGUGAUGAGAAGAGCAUGCAUAGCUUGGAUGCGCUCGAUCGAAACGGGGGCAGCAAUCCGCUGGAGGUGGGAGAAUCCUUCGAUUCUGGCAACGAUAUGACUAUCAAUAAUAAUAAUAAUAAUUUGGAGAAGUCGGUGCAGGAGAUCAAAACGCAUGGCAGUAUACAAGUUAGUCAAGUAUAAAAAAUUCGGACCUUCCAAUGAGUUUUUUUCGGUUUGUUUGUAGCCUUAUUUUAUUUUAUUUUAGUUUUGGUGUAUGUAUGCUAGUAUGAAUAUUUUUGUUAUUUUUACUUGGAAUAAAUGGGUCUUUUAUA